AUGCAGCGCGAACUGGACCGUCGAAGUUAUCCUGCGACUGCCGAUGGGAUACAUCGCAGAAACCUCUACGAUUUUGCCAUGAGAGGAAUCCCGCCUCCAGAGUUUCCCGAGCAAUAUUCGAGUGACGACAGCGAUGGCGAAACGGAAGGCAUGAGCACGGCCGCUCCCAACGCCGACCCCAAUGCACGGAGGGAUCUGCAGCGCCUUGAGAGAGCGUUGCAAAGUUACAGAUCAGCUCGCAAUACUCUGAGGACUUCCCGAGGCGGAAGCUCUGAUUUGGGAGCCGUGCCCACGGCGAGUGCCCUGCGAGCAUACUGGAACGAAGAAGAUGACAAUAAUACGAGGCCCCCGCGAACAGGCCCCUCGGCGGAACGCGUUCAGCGGGAUGCGGUCCCGGCACAUGCGCAAAGUGCUCGGGCUCCGCAUGAGCCUCGCUUCAUUUCGUCAACCAACCCAAAACCAUCAGAUGCGUUCGUCCGAGUCAGAAAAUUGCUCCGAUAUCUGUCAGAGCUGAGAGACACUGGCGUGGAAGGAGGACUGGAGGCAGCCAGGAGGUUAGGGCUGGAUUCGUUAUACGCCUCUGAGGACUCGAACACCCCUAGCGAUCUGCCGAUGCACAUCAGCAGCCUUCCACUCCCACAUUGGAGCUCUUGGUUGCAGCCAGGAAUGGCAUGGAGCGGGCUGCAGUCUACAGAACGCCAGCUUUCACAUCAUUCGGCCGUGCUGGCAGCGAGUCUGCGGCGACAACGGCAACGAGAACUGUUUCGAAGGACGCUCGAUCGGAGAGGGGAGAUGCCUCGGGCCGGUGGAGACGAACCUGCUCCUCCUCCCACCGACCAUCUGCUCGACGCGGAGCGCUAUCUGUCGGAUUUGGUACAGAACAGCAACGGCAGGUGGUCUUUAUCUUUCACCCGGCGUGGAGAUUCAUUCGUAUCUACACGACAUGCACGAGACUCUCAGUCCCUCGACCUGGACCGCUGGCCGGUAAAUGUAACCAUUACCACUGUUGAUUGGCACACGAUGACCCUGACCGGGACGAUGUCGGCAAGUCAUAUGCCGGACAAACUGUCUCCCGCUCAUCAAUCCACAUCACCUGAGCAUACUAUUACAAACAGCAUGUCCUCCUAUUUUACAGGAGAGAUUCUCGACUUUCGGCAAAAGCCCUUGGAGACGGAGAAAGAAGGUCGAGACUACGAGGUUGGUGGACUGGAUGUGGAUGCGCGGUAUUGGCAGAGACUGGGACCUUUCAGGAAAGAGAUCGAGAGGGUGAGGCACUUGCGAGGCAAAAGCAGAAGCGAAUACCAGCAAAAUAGCCCUCUGUGGGAUGCAUUCCGCAAGGCUGCUGGCCAAGAAGCAGAGAACAAGGAGCCUCAAGGCAGCACGGCCAGUUCGGCCACUUCUCCGGACCCAGGCACACUUGGACCGCAUCAAAAGAUUUUCCAGACAGAGGAGGACAGGGAAAUCGAAGCCGAUCAAAUCAUGGCGCGGUGCCUGGGGAGCGCGAAAUGGAUGGACGAGAAACUAGGAAACGAGUGGAUCUUGAUGCGGUGGAAAGAGCAAUGUUUUGUUACGGCACCUGGAAAGCCCACAUAUCCCGGUUCAACGAGGACGAUAUUGACGACGACGGCGCCAUCAGCCGCACCGUCAGGCUCGGGCGGUGCUAGGAAUGUCAAUGGAUCUACCUCAUGGGGGCUGACCAUUUCGGGCUUCUACUACGUUGCCCUGAACCGGCUGACCGGUGAGAUCGACGGGUUGUACUACGACCCUGGGUCACAGCCCUACCAGACGCUCAAGAUGAUGCCCGAGCGUGGCUCCAGGUCAAGCGACAGUAGCCAUGCCCACGUUUGCGCAUGUGGGACGCCAGACUGCAAAGAACCGGUCGGCGUCAGGAAAUGGUUUCCUUCGAUUGAGUUUCGGUGA